GGAGCGGGUGAAGCGCAAGCAGUGUAGUUUACCGCUGCAACCCGGCUUAGUUGUUUUGUGUUCGACAGGUGAUUUUUUUUUCCAGCCUUCCACAGAAAGUGUCCAGGGCGCGCGAGGUUAACGUUCAAGAUGCAGAUCUUUGUGAAGACUCUGACUGGCAAGACCAUCACCCUAGAGGUUGAGCCCAGUGACACUAUUGAGAAUGUCAAGGCUAAGAUCCAGGACAAAGAAGGCAUCCCACCUGACCAGCAGAGGCUGAUCUUUGCAGGCAAGCAGCUGGAAGAUGGCCGCACCCUGUCUGACUACAACAUUCAGAAGGAAUCCACCCUUCACCUUGUGCUGCGCCUGAGAGGUGGUAUGCAGAUCUUUGUGAAGACCCUGACUGGCAAGACCAUCACCCUAGAGGUUGAGCCCAGUGACACUAUUGAGAAUGUCAAGGCUAAGAUCCAGGACAAAGAAGGCAUCCCACCUGACCAGCAGAGGCUGAUCUUUGCAGGCAAGCAGCUGGAAGAUGGCCGCACCCUGUCUGACUACAACAUUCAGAAGGAAUCCACCCUUCACCUUGUGCUGCGCCUGAGAGGUGGUAUGCAGAUCUUUGUGAAGACCCUGACUGGCAAGACCAUCACCCUAGAGGUUGAGCCCAGUGACACUAUUGAGAAUGUCAAGGCUAAGAUCCAGGACAAAGAAGGCAUCCCACCUGACCAGCAGAGGCUGAUCUUUGCAGGCAAGCAGCUGGAAGAUGGCCGCACCCUGUCUGACUACAACAUUCAGAAGGAAUCCACCCUUCACCUUGUGCUGCGCCUGAGAGGUGGUAUGCAGAUCUUUGUGAAGACCCUGACUGGCAAGACCAUCACCCUAGAGGUUGAGCCCAGUGACACUAUUGAGAAUGUCAAGGCUAAGAUCCAGGACAAAGAAGGCAUCCCACCUGACCAGCAGAGGCUGAUCUUUGCAGGCAAGCAGCUGGAAGAUGGCCGCACCCUGUCUGACUACAACAUUCAGAAGGAAUCCACUCUCCACCUUGUGCUGCGUCUGAGGGGUGGCUGUUAGUUAUUGUGGACCUUGCUUUACAUUAUUGCCAAUAGCAUUUGUUUUUGCACUGUAGCCCUUUAAUGUCUUAAUAUUGUAAGUUAAAUACAAGUUGCAGAAACUGCUGAAUAGUCUGUGAAUGCUAAUAAAGAUUUUUGUUGCACGUUA